CGGUGGCGUCCCAAGAUGGCGUCGUGGCUGCCGGAGACGCUGUUCGAAAUUGUAGGACAAGGCCCGGCGCCGAGCAAAGACUAUUACCAGUUAUUGGUCACCCGGUCCCAGGUAAUUUUUAGAUGGUGGAAGAUCUCUCUGAGGAGUGAGCAUCGAACAACAAAACCUGGAGAAACAAAAGAAACCCAUGAAGACUUCCUAGAGAAUUCACAGCUUCAGGUUCAAAUUGCCUUAAUAUUUGGUGCAAGAAUAUUAGACUAUGUCUUCAAUUUAUGCCAAGGUAAAUUUGACUUCCUUGAACGGCUCUCGGACAGUUUGCUCCUGAUUAUCAUUUCUUAUCUGGAUCUUGAAGACAUUGCCAGGCUUUCUCAAACAUCACGCAGAUUUGCAAAGUUGUGCACGUCGGACGAACUGUGGGAGCCGAUCGUCCAGUCUGCCUGUGACCACAUCACCCCCGACAUGAGAGCCUUGGCUCAGGAUAUGGGCUGGAGACAGAUGUUCUUCACCAACAAGCUGCAGCUCCAGCGGCACCUCCGCAAGAGGAAGCACAGACAAGGAAGCCAGAGAAGUAGUCAGCUCUAGGGUGGCAUGUUCCUACCCGCAGGGGAGUUGAGGCACGGCUGUGUUUUCCAUCUGUGUCCAAACCUCUUCUGCUGCCUUUCAGAACUAAGGUUUUGUUGAUUCGAUGAGCCAUAGAGUAUUUGCACACAAAUGCAGCACACCCGCCUCUGCUGGGACGUCCCAGAACCACAGUCCCUGCCGCGGGGAGGGUCAGGUCAUAUCCCCAGCACAGGGGCUGCAAGAUAGGAAACCCCCAUGCCCGGCCACCUGUCAGAAAAGAGGCUUCUGCUGUACGGAAACAAACAAUAAAUGAUUAUUAGCAGGUUUUUAUUAUAUAUGCCUUUUAUCUAGCCAUUGGAAAGGGGAACCGGGCUUCUGAAUUUUUUCCUGGUGUUGGGUCUGUCAUCUGAGUCCAUCCACGAGCAGGUGGCUGUGUCUCGCCACAGGGCACUGUGAGAGGACAGGGGCUGCAUGGGGUGCUUGCUGAGUGCAGCUGCUUUCCUGACUCUGCUCCACAAAGAUGGUCUUCAGGGCCCCAACCCUGUGGACCUGGGACACCAGGCUCCAUCCCACCACGUGGACAGCCUUUGACCUGGCCCUGGGAUGUGGCUGGAGGGAACUCUAGAUGUUCUUCUUGCAGACCUUGCGCAGAGUCCAACUUCCUAGGAAUUUACGUUGUCAAAUAAACCUAUAAAUAUUUCUUAGAGAGAUGAUGCGUCCCCAAAGGAAUGUGAACAGUUACCAGCAUUAUAACAGGGAUUUUUUUGAGGGGAGGGUGUUUGAUUUUUAUUUUAUUUGUAUUAAUUUUUAAAAAAUAUAAAGUUUUUAAAGGUUACUUUCCACUUACAGUGAUUACAAAAUAUUGGCUAUAUUCUCCAUGUUGUAUAUUACAUCCUUGAGCCUAUCUUAUACGUAACAGUUUGGACCUCCUUCUCCCCCACCCCUCUAUUGCCCCUCUCCCCCCCACCCCCCACUGGUAACCACUAGUUUGUUCUCUAGAUCUGUGAGUCUGCUUCUUUUUUGAUUAUAUUCACCAGUUUGUUGUAUUUUUUAGAUUCCACAUGUGAGUAUAACAGGGAAUUUUAAGAACACAGGCUGUGGGUAACUGAGUGAAAACCCAAGUACAGUUUGUAUUCUGUUAAAUUGGCAGAGGGGCAGAAGCAGUAGUUUUAGGGGAGGAAAGUCCACCUCCCUGAAAUGGGUUAUUUAACAAUCGUCUUCUUCCUGUGCUCUCAUGGCAAUUAAGUACCCAGACAAAGAACUCACAGCAGCGAAUAGUCUCAUGACUUCUUUUAGGCUACAGAGCAAAGUAGUUCUCAACCUCCCAUCCCCUUAUCAACCCUAGCAGCUCUUCUUGUCUGCAAUCUCCACUUUGCUACAAAGCAAAAAAUAUCCCUUCCCACACCUGGCCCAGAGGAACUUCCUGUGAUGCCUGGGAAUCUCCCCAAUGGCUCUUCUCCUUAUCUCACUCCUUCUGGAAUAGCUCCAUAAGCCAUGGCUUAGCGACAGAUUCUUUUUUUCUUUUUUACCAAAUGCGGGUUAAUCUCAAGCCAGAUUUAAACCCCAUCCACACACCCUUAACACUCAGUCUUGGAUUUUUACGGACAUCUGUGAAAUCAAAUGCAGUCUUCUUCCUGGCAGAUGAAGAGCCUAAGUUGUGUCUGGAUAUUCCAAGCACUGAGCAAAGAUUUCGUUGGCGAAAGACCCAGGGCUCCUGCCCUGCCCAGGAGUGAUUCUGCCAGGGCAGGGCAGGGUGGCCAACAGGCAGGCGCAAGGCCCCCGGCUUCUGUGCGGCUCCUGCUACCUUGUUUCUCUCUGAAGUUCCAGUGACAAGUUAACACCACAUGAAUAUAGCAAUUGUGUGUGUGUAUAACAUGGUGUGCCGAUAUAACUGCGUAAAUAUCAAAUUACAGACCAUUUGUAACAUCAAUGCAAACUGUCAACAGCUUAAAAAUUGCAUGUGUAAUGUUUUAUCAACUGAGUUCUGAAAGCUUAUGGGCAUGCAUAAUAAUCUAGAUUCAACAUAAAUCAGAACACAUAUAUGGCCGUUUGAAAACUUGCUAUCUAUAUAAAAGAUAAUAAGACAAAAAUAGAUGCUAAAAGCUAAAUAAUUAAAAAUGAGUUUAUUAAUAUGUUGGCUCCUUUAAAGUAAUAGUUAAACAACAUAAGUUAUUGGAUGAUUUCAAUAAUUAUUUGUCCUAAUAAUUUGAGUGCCUUGUUACCUGAUUAUAAUUAUUUUUACCAAAAUAGGAACAGUAUCAUCAACCUAAAAUCGUGCCAGUCACCAGCAUCCUCAGUGGUUCAUCAUUUUGCCUCUCUCUCCCGCCUCGAUGGGGAGGCAAUGAUGGUUUGCCUCUCUGCCUCUGUUGGCAGCUUUCAUGUGGAUGGAUAAAUCUGCUUUGUUCAUGACAUAUCAUUUAAGAGUAAAAUGUCACAGCAUUUUAUACUUUUGCUUUUUCUCAUCUUUUCACUCAAAAGUGUUCCUACUCUGCUAUCAGUCACCACUGUAAUUGUAAAAUACUGAUAUUUUCUGAUGAUUUAUAUAUUUAGUGUUAUAAGAACAAUUUAUUAACAAUAGCAAAUGUAAACAUUUAAUUUAUAAACUAAAAA